UCGGUGUCCCAUUGUGUGUUAGCUGAUGAGCCUGAGCAUACGCUGAUUCAAUUCAACUCGAACCAUUCAAAUAAAAGUAAUCGUACUUCGUCAUCGGUCUUAUUUCUAUUUGUAUUAUUGUAUUUUUGGGGUUUGGUACACGCGUUUAUAAGGUGUCACGUGGCAAAACAUUCAGUAAUUAUUGGGCGAGACUGCUAUUUUGUGUAGUUUUUCUUAGAUUGAAUCCAUCGGCGAUUAUUUUAGUAAGUACAAAGCAGUUAGUCUACCUAAUUUGGAGGUGGCAGAAUCCAACGGUUGCACUAUUGCAGAGGGUUUGUUUGUUAUUCGACGAUUACAUUUGAAGACCUACUAGAGUUAGAAACGGAACAAAGUUCAAAAUGUUGAGCGACGAUGAUCGAGACAUGGAUCUGGACAGCGAUGACGACGAUUUUGGUCUGGGAGACGAUGACAUGGGAUUAGGGGACAAAGGGAAUGGAGCCGGAACUGGAAAACCAAUGACACAGGCCGAGAAACGAGCCCAUCACAACAUGCUGGAAAGAAAACGGCGUGAUCAUAUAAAAGAUUCGUUUGUCAGCCUCCGCGACUCAGUACCUUCCCUCCAGGGUGAAAAGGUAAUAAGCCUUAAAACUAAACAGUCCAGUCGAGCACAGAUAUUGAAGAAAGCCGCAGAAUACAUUCAAUUCAUGAGAAGGAAAAACUCUGCACACCAACACGACAUUGAAGAUUUGAAAAGACAGAAUCACGUUUUGGAGAAUCAGAUUCGAGCUCUAGAACGAGCCCGUGCAAAUGGGGCUCGUCCAAAUGGAGCCAGUCCCACAGAUACCAAAAUGUCUUUGAAAAGCAGUAAAGGUCGAGGUUCAGAGUCAGACAAUUCGGAUGGAGAAUUUAGGAACAUGAGUUCUCCGGAGAGUGCCACUUCUUCCUCCAACACCUCUUCCAACCCCAUGCCCAACGGAAAAAAACAACUCAAAGUUCUCAAUGCGGCCAAGUAGCAUAUAUGGUUGUUAUUAGUUAGGUUUUUUUAGUUUAGAGAGACGUAUAAUCAUAAUUAUAAAUUAAAUGUCUAGAUAUUAAGUACAUAUUGUAGUCAGGAAGAACAUACAGAAGAAGAGGACUAUAAUAUUAUUGACUACAACUGUAAAAGUGCAGCCGUUCCAUUAACCUAUUCAAUUUUUUGUAUGCAUAAAAAACAAGAGAGAUAUAUAUUACACAUACUUGCUUAAACUAUAAAAAUAUUUCAUGCCACUGAUAUGUUAAUAGCCUGCUGAUGUUGACAAAAAAUCACUGAUCUUUACUUGUACUAUGAUUGAUGUAUUAAUUAAUUAACGCUAUAACUAGUUACUGCACAAUAAACGCAAUAAUACUUGUUUUA